AUGAUGCGACAGGUGCAGGUGGCUGCGGCCAGGUCUUUUCAGACAUGUGGGCCGAGGUUAGGUGCUUCGAUUAACCCCUCCGCGGCUGCAACGAGGAGGGCAUUGAGCAGCUCCAGCAGAUUGACAAGCUCCCCUCGCCGUACCGUCAUCGCAUCUUCACCAUUCCGCAACGCCCAGACGCAUACAUCCUGCAGCUCCAGGCUGUUCCACUCCACACCAGUCACCAUGUCCGCGAGCACUAGGGCUGAGACCGAUGCCUUUGGCGAGGUUCAGGUGCCUGCCGACAAGUACUGGGGCGCCCAGACCCAGCGCUCGCUCGGCAACUUCGAUAUCAACCAGCCUCAGGAUCGCAUGCCGCCGCCCAUUGUGAAGGCUCUAGGUAUCCUCAAGGGCGCCGCCGCCACGGUGAACAUGAAAUAUGGCCUUGACCCCACCAUCGGCAAGGCCAUCCAGCGGGCGGCCGAGGAGGUCGCCGACCUUAAGCUGCUCGACCACUUCCCCUUGGUCGUCUGGCAGACCGGCUCUGGCACCCAGUCCAACAUGAACGCAAACGAGGUCAUCUCGAACCGAGCCAUCGAGAUCCUGGGCGGCAAGAAGGGCAGCAAGACGCCCGUCCACCCUAACGACCACGUCAACCGCAGCGCCUCCUCCAAUGACACCUUCCCCACCGUCAUGCACAUCGCCGCUGUCCUCGAGAUCGAGGGUGAGCUGCUCCCUUCCCUGCGCAGCCUACGUGACGCCCUGCAGGCCAAGGUGGACGAGUUCGAGGCCAAGAAGAUCAUCAAGAUCGGCCGCACACAUCUCCAGGACGCCACGCCUCUGACCCUGGCCCAGGAGUUCUCCGGCUACGUCGCCCAGCUUGACUUUGGCAUCAAGCGGGUCGAGGCCACCCUGCCGGACCUGAGGCUGCUCGCCCAGGGCGGCACCGCUGUCGGCACCGGCAUCAACACCUUCGAGGGCUUCGCUGAGGGCAUCGCCGAGGAGGUCAGCCGCAUGACUGGCACCGAGUUCAAGACGGCGCCCAACAAGUUCGAGGCCCUUGCUGCGCACGACGCGCUGGUGCACGCCUCGGGCGCUCUCAACACGCUCGCUACCUCGCUGACCAAGAUUGCUCAGGACAUCCGCUACCUCGGCAGCGGCCCCCGCUGCGGCCUGGGCGAGCUGAUCCUGCCCGAGAACGAGCCGGGCAGCAGCAUCAUGCCUGGCAAGGUCAACCCGACCCAGUGCGAGGCUUUGACCAUGGUUUGCGCGCAGGUCAUGGGCAACCACGUGGCUGCCACCAUUGGUGGCAUGAACGGCCAGUUCGAGCUCAACGUCUACAAGCCCCUCAUCAUCCGUAACGUUUUGCACAGCGUCAGGCUUUUGUCGGACGGCAUGCGGUCGUUUGAGAAACACCUCGUCGAGGGUCUCAAGGCCAACGAGGAGAAGAUUGCAAGCAUCAUGAAGGAGUCUCUCAUGCUUGUCACCUGCCUCAACCCCAAGAUUGGCUACGACAUGGCUAGCAAGGUAGCAAAGAACGCCCACAAGAAGGGUCUGACACUGAAGCAGAGCGCCCUCGAGCUCAAUGCUCUGACUGAGGAAGAGUUUGACACCCUGGUCAAGCCUGAGCUCAUGAUCACUCCUAAGCCCUACAAGGCCUAG